GCGAGUAGAGAGGGCGAGACAUGGUGGAGUACUGCUUUCUCUGUUUACGUUUUUGAUAAGGACGAUCAACCCCGGGCUUUCGGGCAGGAAGGAAGAAGAUUGUUUGCUGCGUGCGAGCUGGUGGGCGCAGCUGAAGCACGGGAGGGAGAGGAGAGGAACAACCGCGGCGCGCUCUGCUGCGCCGCAUAGAUCUAUCUGGUUGCAUAGACAUAGAGUCUCAAUUCGUGUGACGGCCGGCGGAGCCGAGCAGAGAGAGACAGGAAAUUUAGAAACGGGAAGGAGGCAGGUGAGGUGCAGCGGCGGUCGUGAUGGCGUGCAACAGCACCCUAGAGGCGGCUCUGGCUGCGGUUGCCAGUGCUGCCAAAUUGGACGUGAAUCAAUCUGCGGUGCUCACCGACUUCGUUUGCGGCUAUGACGGUCGUAUCGGCGAUGCCGUGACUGGCACGAACGCCAUGUUCUUGCUCUUCUCCGCGUACCUGGUGUUCGCAAUGCAGGCAGGAUUCGGCAUGCUCUGCGCCGGGUCCGUGCGGGCCAAGAACGCCUUGAACAUCAUGCUGACGAACGUCAUGGACGCCGCUGCCGGUGCCAUUUCCUUCUUCGUUUUCGGGUUCGCGUUCGCAUUCGGGGGCGGAGCGGAGUCGAACGCCUUCAUCGGCGACUACAAUUUCGCGCAGUCCCACUUCAGCGCCGACGACGCCCUUGCCAACUACGGCAUGUGGAUGUUCCAGUGGGCCUUCGCCGCUGCCGCGGCGGGGAUCACGAGCGGGUCCAUCGCAGAGAGGACGCAGUUCACGGGGUAUCUGGCCUACUCCACUUUCCUGACGGGUUUCGUGUACCCGGUGAUUGCGCACUGGGUGUGGGCGCCCAGCGGGUGGAUCAGCGCCUUCAACACGGGCAACAUGUUCCUGGAUGUCGGCAUGGUCGACUUCGCGGGCAGCGGCGUGGUGCACAUGACGGGCGGCAUCGCCGGCUUCAUGGGCGCCUGGAUCGAGGGCCCUCGCCUGGGGCGAUUCGACGCCAAGGGCCGCACGCAGGAGAUGAAGGGUCACAGCGGCACUCUGGUGGUCCUGGGAACCUUCCUGCUCUGGUUCGGCUGGUACGGGUUCAACCCCGGCUCGCUCACCGCUAUCGUUCCCGCUGACGGCGUUCUGAAGCACGCCAUCGUCGCGAGAGCCGCCGUCACCACCACUCUCAGCGGUGGCGCCGCCGCAUUGACCACGCUCUUCGCCAGGCGGUGGAUGACGGGUCACUGGAACGUGACGGACGUGUGCAACGGCCUUCUGGGCGGAUUCGCGGCCGUAACCGCGGGGUGCUCAGUCAUCGAGCCCUGGGCCGCCAUCCUCCUCGGCUUCCUCGCCGCCUGGACGUUGAUCGGCAUGAACAGGCUGGCGGAGAGGAUCAAGUACGACGACCCGCUGGAGGCAUUCCAGCUGCACGGUGGUUGCGGCCUGCUCGGUGUCGUGUUCGUCGGACUGCUUGCCAAGAAGAGCUUCCUCAUGGAAGCAUAUGGGAAGGUCGAAGGCACUCCGUACGGGCUCUUCUACGGAGGCGGCGGGAAGUUGCUGGCGGCUCAGCUCAUCGGCGCCAUCUGCAUCGCGGCUUGGACGGCGGUUACGAUGGGCGUCCUGUUCUACGCGCUACAGAUGUUCGGCCUACUGCGCAUCACCCAGGAGGAGGAGGCCGCCGGACUUGACCUCACCGCGCAUGGCAACUCCAGCUACGUUUUCGACGACGGAAAAGGGGGUCAAGACGCCAAACUGCUGCCGCCAGAUGCUUUCCAGGCCAAGGCCCCGGUCAAACAGGGGACCGAAAGAGUGUGAUCUGCGACGCCCCCAGGUUGCCAGUGUUCAACGGUUAGGUUGCUACUACUUGCUAGUGCUUAACUGGGCUGUACGAGAUACGGAUCAACAAAACAGAAGACAGAAAUCACAUCAUCUAGUUAGACAAUGGAAGCGAGGAUGGCGAUCAGCAGCAUUAUGCGAUGAUCAGUCGGACGCACGUAAUGCUUAGGGGCAUAUCCCACUUCUUUCCGCUUUGAAUUCGUAGAUCGGCAGGAUUUAUGCGAUGUUCAGUCGGACGCACGUAAUGCUUAACCCGGUGUUCGUUUCCGUCGUCACCCGAGUACAACGCCCGGUCAUUAUAGCUGUCUCUGGAGAGAAAGGUUAACCAAACACAGCUCUAAUGACAGGGCUUUUUAUUCCGGUCAAGACGGUAGUGCCGUCCGUCUGCAUCGUUGUCCGACCUCUUGACAUGAUGAGCUCUCCCAUGUCCUUUGGUCGUGCCAUGAAUGAUUUAUUUUCUUACUUUUUCAUGGAGCCGAAGGAAGUCCAGAUACUUGCAAGGCCACCUACAUAGCCUUAGGAGUAGUGGCGGGUGGGUAGUGAAAGCCUGAAAGGUGAAUUUGAGAGAAGGGAAAAUCAGAAAAAGAAAACGAUAAAGGGGUCGGACUUGU